AUGACUCUAGAAAACUUCAAGGUCAAAUACAUCGAGAGAUGCCAUGCUCAAGAGAUAGAUCCAGUACAAUCUAUCUUGGCCGCUCUUGAUACAUGUACAGAUCAUAUUUUGGAUUUAACAUCCCAAACACUUUCGACCAAGGUUUGCGCUUCGUUGGCAUUUGCACUCGCCGACGACAAGGAAUUCACGAAAUUGAUCUUUCGUGAUGCAUACGUUGGAGAUGAGGGAUGCGCACUUAUUGCCAAUGCGCUCAAGACGAACCUCACAUGCGCCCAUUUAGACUUGCGAGGCAACAACAUUCGUAGUGAUGGAGCCACCGCAUUGGCGCAAUUACUACGUGUGAAUUCAUGUAUUACGGUGCUGCUGCUUGAAUGGAAUUCGAUUGGUGUUUGGGAGAAGGGUGUGCUGGAUCUUGCGGAUGCGUUAGGACAUAAUGGCAGUCUGAUUGAACUGGAUCUAAGGAACAACAAGAUCAGCUCCAUCGCCGGACAACACCUCGCCAUAUCCCUCAAACACAACACGAGUCUCGAGAAGCUGGAUCUUCGAUGGAAUCACUUGGGUCUUAUCGGUGGCCGAGCAUUCGAAGAUCUGUUUAAAUGGAAUCAUGUAAUCACGUCUCUAGAUCUAGCAGGAAACGAAGUGCCGGAAGACCAACUCGGAGCAAUGACAAUAGCACUCGAACGAAAUCUGCAGCAACGUCAACAUGCAGUCCAAGAGCAUUCGCACGCCUUGCAUUUAUCAAGCACCAUUGACGCUAUUGCUAAAGCCCAUGAGGUCGCACUGCACCAGUUGACUGAUAAACUCAAUAACGUGGAAACGAAGUCACGUACUCUUAGUGAGGAGCUAGAUCGUAAGGUAUCGCAGCAUCAGAGUACCGAAACGACGGUAUCGAAACUGCAGGAAGAGAUUGCAUUACUGCAUUCCAACCGGAAAGCAAUGGAGGAAACACAGUUUAGAGAGAGGAAAGAGUACAAGGCACAUGCUGAAGGUCUUGAGAGACAUAUAUCAGGGUUGCAGAGUGAAUUGGCGGGUGUCAAGCAAGACCGAAUUAGGAUGCAUAGUGAUUUGACUGGUAAAAUAUUGUCCUUGGAAGCUCUGGUAAAGUCUUUAGAAGUCAGCCAAGAGAAUGGAAGGAGAGAAAAGAUGGCGUUGCUGGAGGGUGUUGCCGCCGCGGAAGAGCGUGAGCAGAGGGCACAUGCUAAAAUGGAUGAGAAAAUACGAAAGCUAGAAGAGUCACAGACCCGAAAGAUACGGCAGCUAGAACAAGUCAUUGGUGAGGAGCAAGCCAAGUCUCAGCAGUUGCGAGCUGCUCAAGAAGCCGAACGAUCUCAAUAUGAACAGGACUUGGAAGUCUCAAGAUCCAAAUUAGUCGACCAAAAACGAACCUUCGAAGAACAUUUCUCAAACACCGAAUCCAGAAUCCGAGCUACCGAAGCAUCCCGUCGUGAUGCUCUCGAACGAGACAUUGAAGCCCUCCGCAAUCAAGUCACAGCAUUACAAGACGCAUCGACCAACAUCAAACACAAGCUCUCUGAACGAGACGCAGAACUAUCAACAUCCCAGCAUUCACUCAAGCUCGUAGCAAGUGAUUUGAGUAUCACGAAAAGCAGUCUGGCGAGAUCAGAGACUGAGGUUGAGGAUUUGAGGGCCAAGUUGAGUGGGGCAGAGUCCAAGAUGUCUGAUUUGCAAGGGGUUGCUAAAGCUGCGGUGGAGAAGGCAAGACAUGAUGAAGAGGUGGCUAGACAUGCUGAAGCCAGGUAUCAUGAUAUCAAGAUUGUGUUGGACAAGAAGGAAGCGCUGCUUAAAGAGAUUGAGCAGGAUGAAAAGACGAGAUGGGAGACUUUAACACGGGUGUUCAAGCCCCAUCAUUAUACUACUGCUGCCUAG